AUGAAUGAUCCGAAAAGAAAUCAAAAUAUUGAUAUCGAGAAAAUUCUCAACAAGUUCAAUAAAAUUCCAAUUAAAUAUUUCGUUAAUGAUGAUGUUAAUGGCUUUUUAGAAUAUGUUAAUAACAAAUCAUCACAAUUCAACCCAAAUGCAACACAUGCACACAAAUCUUAUUUAAACUAUUGCGCGAUGCUAGGUUCUGUUAGUUGCUUUAAGAGUCUUAUACUUAAAGAUGCAAAAAUUGAUAAUUAUACACUCGAAUAUGCAUCUAUUGGAGGAGAUUUCGAAAUUUUCCAAAUUGUUGAACAAAAAAUUGGUGAAAAUCCUGAAAUCAUUUCUAACUCAUUAUUAAAAGCCAUACAAUGCCAUAAUGACGAAAUUGCAUAUUAUUUGAUUGAUAAAUAUUCAGCAGAAUUCCCUUUCUUGAGAUGUGCCGAGUGUUACAACAUGAAAUUCUUUAUUUAUAAAUUAGGAAAUAAUGAAACGAUUAAUGACCAAGAUGACUUCAAGUCCACAGCACUUCGUGCAUCAAUUCAUUUUGAAAUACCUUCAUUUGUUAGUUAUUUAUGUAAUUUCAAAGAUAUUAACUUAAAUUUGAGUGACAACCAAAGUGAAACUCCUCUUAUGAUAUCUUCUAUUUUGGGCAAUACAGAAAUCGCAAAAAUUCUUAUUGAAAAAGGUGCAGAUCUCAAUUUAAAGAGUGAUUUAGGAUAUUCUGCACUAAUGUAUUGCAGCUUAUAUAACAGUAUUUCAGUUACGAAACUACUUAUUCAACACAGUGCUCUAAAACAUCUUUACAAAGAUAGUAGAAGCAAACGAAUGAAUGCCAAAGAUAUUGCAGCCGAAAGUGGUCAUCAAGAAAUAGUUGAUUUACUAAAAUAG